CCACGUUGGCCGCACAUGCGCAGAGAGUCUGGUCACCUGCUGGAUAUCAGAAGCGAACAGGGAAGUACAGCGCGGAGGAUUGGAUGCCAGGUUCAGCAAAAACGAAAUACCUUUCCGUCCCUCAGUAGUCGUCUGCUCGUCGGCUGUUUGCUACAUCAGCGUGACAAGAUGUUUAAAAAACUUAAGCAGAGGAUAAACGAGGAGCAGUCACCGCAGAGGAAUGCGCAGUCGCCCCAACAGGCCCAGACGGGCAGUGGAGACCGGCGCAGCAGCCAAACCCCCCCUUUUCAUCACGAUGGCACACCCUCUCCCAGUGACCGAGAGAUGCUGGCUGGGAUGAUAGCAGAGCCCGCUUUUCUCUCUGAGUAUACUAUCUUUGCUCUGGACCAUUCAAAACGACCCAAAACGGCCCAGGUAGCCAGUGUGAGUGCCUCGAAAGGACCAGCAAGGUCCCCGAGAGGUAGCAUCAAUGGGGAUGAAAGUGCUUCUCCUCAAAGAGAGUCAUUUACCCAGAAACUGCAAUUAAAAGUUCCCUCAAUGGAGUCGUUGAUUCGCGGCGGCGCCAGUCGGGCAGAAAACCUGUUCCGCUCUCCUUCUAAAGAAAACCUUGUCCGAAGCUCAUCGCGUGACUCCCUGACACCUUUGGGAGAAAACGAGCCCCAGGGCACCCCCACAUAUGAUCCCCCCUCGGACAUUGAGAGUGAGGCCGAAGAGCCACCAGGAUCUGCAGAGACCCUUUCCAAAGAGCAGCUGUUGCACCGGCUGCUCAGAGUGGAGAGUAGCCUGGGGAAGUACAGGGGGAAGUACUCAGAGCUAGUUACUGCAUACCGCACAGUACAACGAGAUAAAGAAAAAACACAGGUCAUUCUCAGUCAGAGUCAAGAUAAAGCUCUGCGGAGGAUAGGGGAGCUGCGGGAGGAGCUUCAAAUGGACCAGCAGGCCAAGAAACACCUACAGGACGAGUUUGAUGCUGCGCUGGAGGAGAAAGACCAAAUGAUCACUGUGCUCCAAACACAGGUUGCUCUGUUGAAGAAACGAGUCAAGGGCGCCCCUGACGGUGCUGUUCCACCUGGGGGAGAUGUCCCUCAAUCUGAAGAUGCUUUAGAUUCUACAUCUUCCUCACAAAGUCCUUUGAAGGAGCAAGGAGUAGAGGCUGAAGUCACUGAGGGAGAGGGCAGCACUGAUCCAACCAAACUUAUGGAGGCUCUACAGAAGAGAGUGAAGAGGCAGGAAAACCUACUGCAGAAGUGCAAAGAAGUGAUGCGUACACACAAGGAGCGCAGCGCCCAGCUGAGCAGCGAGAAUGAAACUCUGCAGGAGCAGUUGCAGGAGAGGCUGCAGGAGCUGGAGAAGAUUAAGGAGCUGCACACAACAGAAAAGACUAAGUUGAUCACUCAGCUGCGUGAUGCGAAGAACCUCAUUGAACAGCUGGAGCAGGACAAGGGCAUGGUCAUUGCUGAGACAAAGCGCCAGAUGCAUGAGACGCUGGAAAUGAAAGAAGAAGAGGUUGCACAGCUGCGCUUCAGGCUCCAGCAGGCCACUGCCCAAAAAGAAGAAUUGCAGGAACAGAAAGAAAAGACUGAGAAAUCAGCAUUCGAAGAACUUGAGCGUGCACUGGGUGUAGCUCAGAGGGCGGAGGAGGCCCGAAAACAGCUGCAGGUUCAGCUGGAAGAGCAAGUGAAAGAAAUUGAAAGGGCCAGUGAAGAAGAGAGGAAGAGUCUGCAGCAGGAACUCACAAGAGUCAAACAGGAGGUUGUCACUAUCAUGAAGAAAGCAUCAGAGGAAACUGUAGCCAAUAUGGAAAAACUCCACAGUGAAGCUUUGGCUGCUAAAGAAGAAGAGAUGAGUGCCAGAAUCAGCAAAGCUGUGGAGGAAUGCAAAGAGGAGUUUGCACAAUUAGCCAAAGAGCGAGAACAGCAGGCUUCUCUGGCUCUGGAGGAUGUAGAGUUACAGAAGACGGCUCUGAGGACAGAAGCUGAUAACAAGGUUAAAGAGAUACAGUUGGACCUGGAAGCUGCGAGAACUAGAAUAUUGGAGCUGGAAAGCUCUCUGGAGAAGGUCUCACAAGAUGGACCAAGUCUGACCCAUGAACUUUCCAGUCAGUUGGACGAGCUGAAGGAUAAACACAAAGAGCAGAUCUCGGCAUUAGAGGAAGAGCACCACGAGCAGCUGGAAAAGCACAAGGGCACCCUAACCCAGCAGCAUAAUGCUGCUCUUGAGGAGCUCAAGGAAAAACACAGGGUUGAAGUGGAGACCCUUCUGAGAGAUAAAGAACUCCAGCUCCAAGCACAUGUUGAGGACAUGAACCAGAAAACCUUAGAGAAACUGGAUGCAAAGCAGGCAGAGCUAGAGGCCGUUUGCGCUGAACUUUCUGAGGCGUUGAAGCGUAAACAGCUUCUGGAAGAGAAGUUGGUGGCAACUGAAGAGGCUCAUAGCUUAGCUCAACUGGAACAUGAGAAGAGGUUUCAGGAUCAGGUGGCAAAGCACAAUCUAGCGCUCGAAAAUACCAAACAGGAGCAGAAGCAGUCACUUGGAGGUAAGGAGAAAACUCUGAAGGAGGAGAUUAAAGCUUUGAAGAUUGUUCUGAGGGAGAAGGAAAAGGAUAUUGAGGAACACAUCUAUAGAGAAAAAACACUACAAGAGGAAUUACAAGAAUUAAAUGUCAAUGUUAAGGAGUUGAAGGAGCUGCAGCAGCGUUUAGCACAGUCCCAGCUGGAAAAAGAGAGCCUGAAAGAGUCUAAUGCACAGUUAAGUAAGCUCUCAGAGGAUCUUGAUCAGUGUAAGAGGGAUUUGACAGAUUUGGAGCAUCAGUUGGAAGUGGCACAGAAUGACUGUCAACAAAAAGAGAAGUCUGUUCAAGAACUAGAGCACCAAUUACAACAGAGCAAAAAUGAGCUGUUGGAGCAGGAGAAAUCAUUUACUGCAGAACUGAACACUAAGCAAGAAGAACAAACACGCCUCAAGAAACAGAUGGAAGAGGAAAAAGCGGCCCAUGAGAAAAAGCUGAAAAACACUACAACAGAGUUGGAAGCUAAGCUGAAGACACAGGAAACAAAAAUGGAAAAGUUUAAACAGAAGGCCAAAGACAUGCACGAGAGUUUCAAGAAAAAGAUCCAGCAGAAUGAAGAAAACAUGAAGAAGGAACUUGCAAAAAAGGAGAAAGAGCUUCAGCAGAAAGAGCAACAAGUUCAAGAGAAAAUUGUAGAGAUGGCCAAAAAAAGUUCCCAAGGCCUCAGCAGCGCAAUGUCAGAGCUGCAGGCCAACCAUAAGGAAGAACUGGAGAAGCUACAUGACAGCCAUAAGCAUGAGAUUGAGGAGCUGGAGCACCGUUGGCAGGAGAAGUUAGGACAGCAGGAGGAAGAAUUAAUGGAGAAACACUCACACAUACUACAGGAGAAGGCUCAGGAACUGGAGGAAAUGUCCCAGCAACUUAGCAGAGGAAAAGAGGAGAACGAGCAAGCAUUGUGCGAAAUUAAGGAUUUAAAGGAGGAGCUGGCGAUUCGCGAAACCACCGUGCAGAAGCUACAAGAAGAGCUCAACGAAGCGGCGGUUAAGCUUGAAAGUUUGUCUCAGGGUGAAGCGUUGCUCAAAGAGCAAAUGGAGUCACUGGAGAGGAACCUUAACCAGGCUCUGAACGAGAGAAACUCCCUCCAAGACAAGCUCGAAACAACGAAGGAAGAGAACAGGGAGAGGUUAAAGACCUUGUCAGAUAAGUUAGAGGAAACAGAGAAGCAGCUUAAAGCGCUGGAAGGUUCCAGAUGGAAGGAAAGUGAGGACUUGCAGAAUAAAUUUGAGGAAACUUCCAUUCAGCUACAAGCCAAGAAAGCAGAGUUCCAGCAGCAGUUAAUAAUGAUCCAAAACCAAAUGGAGAAUUGCUGUAAGGAUUUUCAAUCUAAAGUAGAGUGUGGAUCUAAUGAACUCUGUCAAAGAGUUGAGUGUAGAUUGAAAGAGCUGAAAGAUAGACUGCUCUGCAGUCAGAAGAAGGUAGGGCAUCUCAAAAACAGUAUCCUUACUAAAGUAGAUAGAAUUUGCACUUUAGAGGAGAGUCUCCGCCAGCAGACGGUGGAGAAUAAGAAUCUAUGCAUUUCAUUAGAACAGGUGAAUGCUCAGGUAAGUGCUCACAUGGAGCAUGUCCAAGCCUUAACACAUGAGAAGGAGAAUCAUUCUCAGUCUGUCAACGAGAAAGUUAAGAAAAUUGAGGAGUUGAGUGAAGCAAACAGAAUCAUAUCAGAAAGUAUGAAAACAAACGAGUCACAUAUCAGAAACUUGGAGAGCACCGUCAGCGACUUGAAAAAUCAGCUAGCAAGUAGCAUAAAAGAGAAGGAGGAAGCCAUAAAUCAGCUGAAGCAGCAGUAUAAAGAGGAGCGACAACAAAUUGAGGAGACCAUUGAGAGGUUGGAGCAGGAGAGAAAGUCUGCUUUAGAGCGGGCGGAUGCACUCAGGAACAGUCUGUCUGAGGCAGAGGCAAAGUUCACCCAGAAUGACAACGCUAUUACAUCUCUACAGGCCAGGCUUGACGAGCUGGAGCGAGAGAUUGUAGAAAAGAACGAAGCUCUGCAAAGGCUGACGGCAAGUAUUGACAAUCAGUCUAUCAGCAAGUCUGAGAUGGACCAGGUGCUGAGCGAGAAGGAGCAGAGGGUCAGCGGGCUUAACCAGGAGCUGGAGAGUUGCAUAGGGCGACUUGGUGAGCUUCAGGAGCAGUUAGCCUUAAAGACGAAAGAGUGUGAACAGCUCACAGCUGACCUCAAACAGCAGCACAGCAUCAGGGAGGAUGAAAAGAGAGUGCUGGCAGAGCAGCUGCAGCAGACCCAGAUGCAGCGUAAUGUGGAGCAGGAGAUGGCAGAAAAAUUACUUUCCCUUGAGGAAGACAACCAAAAGUGUAAACACAAGCUUGAGAGUCAAAGGGAGGAAUUUGAAAGGAUGAAGGACGAGAUUAUCAAGAGCAAAGAGGAGAGUCUGAAGGCAAGUGAGGAGAAGUUGUCUGCGGAGAGUGCUCGGAAAGUAUCGGAGCUGAAGAAGAAAGCUGAGCAGAAAAUCGGUCAGAUUAAAAAACAGCUAACCUCGCAGCUCGAGGAGAAAGAGCAGACGAUCAAGACUCUUCAGGCCAGCUUGGAGGAAGUCAAGAGCAGUGAAAUGGCCCGCAAAGAACACGCGGACACGUUGGAAGAGAAAACAAAAACACUCGAGGAAGCUCUCAUCAAUCUCAAGGAAGAGCAGGAGAAACAACUUGAACAGAUUCUGAGUGUUGAGAGGCUUGAGAAAGAAAAGUCUUUAGAGGAACUGAAAAACGUUUAUGAAGAGAAGCUGUCCUCGCUUCAGAGAGAUGUAGCACAACAAGGGCAGCUCAAAGAAACUGAAUCGGCGCUACAAGAAAUCGAGGCAAAGCUGGAAGAAGCAGAAGAGCAGAAUGGAAACCUUCUUGCAGAAAUAAAUCGUCUGAAAGAAGAACUACGUGAGAAGGAUGCUGAGCUCGAGGAACAUCAGGCAACUAUUACGCAGGUCCAGAAUCCAUUAGAACCUGAGGCUGCAAUGACGGUUGAAUGUAGCAGCGUGCAGCAAACAAAGAGCGCAAUGGAAAACCACUCCACGAUGCCAGAAGUGGACACCGAUUCUCUAGAGUCUCUUAAGGACAGUCUGAAUCAGGUGAGGAACGAGAAAGAGAAAAUCCAGAAGGACUUCACCAGGCUACAGAAAGAUCUCCGGUUACUGAGGAAGGAGCAUGAACAGGACCUAGAAUACAUGAAGAAAGAGUUUUUAGAGGAGAAUGAGACAAAGCUAAAACUGGAGAUGGAAGAUGUGCAAAUGAAGCAUAAUUCUGCUAUCAAGCAGUUAAUGCGGGAGUUCAACACGCAAAUGGCUUUGAAAGAGAGGGAGCUUGAUACAGCAGUGAAGGAGGCCAUUGCAAAGGCCCAGAGUGUUGAAGCAGAGCUCAUCAGUAGCCAUCGCGAGGAAGCCAGUCAGCUGAGGAAGCUGAUUGCCCAGAAGGAGGAGGAUUUGCACAGAACUGUUCAGACAUACGAGCAGAAUCGAGAGGAGGAGAUGGGAGACAGAGUGUGGCAGGUCCAGAAGGAACUGGAGGAGUUGCAAAGAAAGGGCCCUUCUGAGAUGACCAUGGAAGAUCUACAGGCUCAGCUGGCCGAGAAGACGACGUUGCUGAGUGAGGCUCGGCUGAAGGAGCAGCAGUUUGUGGAGAGAAUUCACUCGCUGGAGGACAAGAUUAAAUGUUUCCACCGUAAGACUGUUGUAACUCAUCUUGGGAGCACAUUCAAAGAUCCUGGAUUCAACAGCACUGAUGCACUCUCAGAAGCCACUGAGAUGGAGUACCUGAGGAAAGUGUUGUUUGAAUACAUGAUGGGACGGGAAACAAAAACGAUGGCCAAAGUGAUUACCUCUAUGCUCAAGUUUCCUCCGGACCAAGCGCAAAAGGUUUUGGACAAAGAAGACUCAAAAACAACUCCAUGGUUACGAUGAGUGUCUGAAUGAUAAGAGCCCUAUUUGGAUGAAAAUCUGCUGCUGCUGCUGAAAGAGGAAGACUGCCAUGGAUUUGAUCGAGCCCCUCUCUCUGCGACUCUUGUCAUUUUAUGACUCUGUAUGUGUGUGGGUAUGUUUUGUAUGUGUGUGUUUGAGAUCACACUGGGACAUAAGAGAGUGUGUGUGUGUGUGUGUGUGUGUGUGUGUGUGUGAGAGAGAGAGAAUAUAUCUAAAGGUAUGAGGGAAUUGGAGAAUAAGCCGGAAACAAAAAUCUUCCAUGAAUCCAGUUUUACUCUGGUUUAAUUAAAUAAAUUAGGUUUAAUUUAUGUUUUAGAAUUGUUGUCUUUUGAUUUUAGAAUGUGUUUAUACAGAUUGGCUUGUGCAAUAAAUUAUAUCAUUACGUAUUGAUGCUGACAGGUCAGUUGAUUUAUGGGUUUCUGUGUUGUGCUGUUGUCUGAAUUACUUCCUCUAAACGACCCUUUAACUGUGCACUCACACCACAUUAAGAUAUACCGGCCUCUGGACCUUGUUUGUUUAACACAGCUUUUCUAUGCUUUGUAUAUUGUCACUAUCACUGACAGAAACACAAAAACUGUAAAUUGUACUAUGAUAAUAAAACUGUACUAUAGGCCACUAUAUGACUUCCUAUACAUUUUCAGAUUAACAGAUUAAAUCCUAUUUACAGAA